AUGUUGCUGAGUUUUCUUUGUUGCUGCGGCCUGGAGCUGCCUGUGGCUCGACGGCGGCAGCGGGGGGCAGUGCAAGUGCGCGCGUUGCGUGUUUUGGGUUAUUUGUGCAUUUAUUUGAUAUUUUCCUUUCCCCAAUGCCUUUUUAGUUGUGCUGCGGAAGCUACAAGCCCCCGAGGAGCAGAAAAAAGAGGAGCUCCGGUGCAGCACCCGCUAGAAGAACUAGAGCUGCCCCGGCGCCAGAGCCCCCUGCAAAAAGACUCAGGCUCCCGGGGGGAAAUCUUUAGAGAAGAAGAGCUUUCCCCCUUAGAGACUCUUUCUGUGGAGGACCUGGGGGCCAUUGGGCCCCUAGGAAGCCCCCUAUUGGCUGUUUUUGCUGCUGACUGCCCGUGGUCUGAAGAGGCGCUACGGGAGAGCCGCAAGGCGCAGCAGCUGCUGCGGGACUGGGGCAGCCUGACGCGGGUUGUGGCAGUGCCGCUGAGCAAGAGUUCGGAGUUUCGGGAGUUGCUGGAAGCUAAGGGGGCCCCCCAGGUGGUCUCCCGGGAGCUCCCCAAGGAGGCCCCAGUGCUGCGGUUGUACCCUGGGGGCAGGGCCAGUAGCAGCGCGCCGUUCAGCACCUACGGAGGCCCCGACGUGACUGCUGCAGAAAUUGCUUACUGGGUGUUGGCUGAGGAGGGCCGGGCAGCAGAGUUUUCUGCAGAAGAUGAGGCGAGGCCCCGGGAGGCGGCUGGGGGGCUGCAGGCCACGCCUAUUGGACCAGUGGUCCACGCGCGGGUCCACCGGGGAAGCGCGGGGGCGCUGUUACUGGCGCAGCUGGCGCAGCAGCGGCAGCAACUGCCGUCGAAGUCGACUUUGUUCAAAGUGCAGUUCGUGGAGGCGGCGGAGAAGGAAGAACUCCGGGUGUACAGACAGCUGCUACCCUUCGAUUUGGGCGAAGAAACUUUUCUCAGUUCCCCAGAGCCCCUCUGGGAGCCGCGAGCAGUGCUGGCGCUGCUGCUGGAGGCUGAAAACAGAAAAGUGUUUUACGGCGAAGUGCCUACGGGCCCUUUGCUGGGCCGCCGCGCGCUGCUUUCUGUACAGGUGAGUCGUUUUGAAAACUUGCAAGACAUUGCGGAGCUGCUGAUGGAGUUUUACGAGAAAUACAAAUCCCAACUGGCCUUCCACAUUGCCCGCACGAGCCUCAAAGAGGCCGCCAGGGCCGAGGCCCUCUUCAGUACCCCCUGGGGCGGGGCUGUCCUCAAAGACCCUAGGCCCAACCCCUGGGCCUACCAGCGGGCCUCUGGGGUCUUAAGAGAGGCCCCUCCCUUUUCGCAGUAUUCCCUGGGCAUGCCUCUUAGCUUUUACAGUCUCGAGGCCUUCCUUGAUCAGUGGGCCAGGGGGACUCGAGAGCUGCACUUCAGGUCUCACCGGCUAAGCGCUACGAGCCCGGGGGGACUUGUGAAGGAGCUGAGUCACCAACAGUUCCUUCAGACUCUACAUGCAGCACCAAGGGCUCCCCUCGCAGUUCUUUACUACGAGCCCCGCUGCCCUGGCUGCGAGCUCUUCCUCGACGCCUGGAAGCAAGUUGCUGCUGCCUUCAGCCAGCAGCCGCAGCUCCGCGGCCGCCUCCUGUUUGCCCAGCUCUUCGCAGAACUUAAUGACAUCAUUGACUUCGAUCUCAAGUCCAAGUUGCCCGCCGUUGUGCUAUACCCUGAGGGGCCCCACCGGGUCGACCGCAGGCGCCUCUACAUGGGACCGCCCGUAGUGGAAAUGCUCGGAGACUUCCUCCUCGCGGCUGCUGCCCCCAAGGAAGAUCUUUGA